AUGGUGAAAGAAAAAACUAGCAUAUCGUUUAUCGUGAUACAUAAUGACGUAGUGCUCGGAGAAAGUACUCCUCUCAUUAUCGAUCCGGAUUUCAAGGAACCGCCGCAAAUUUACGACGUCAACUACGAAGUCGAACUUUUAUUUAUAGUUAAUGACUGCAAUAGCAUGAAUCUAAUCGUAUCAACGCCGAUUUUAAUAAAGGUAACGUCUAAAGAUAAUGUCCAAAAUCAACAUGUGUCUGAUUCCGGCAAAUCAACUGCGGAAUCCAAACAGAAAGUAACAGCGAUCGUUCCACAGCAAAUAACAACUUCAUCAAGCGUAAUUGGUUUUUGCACUUUUGAUUUAAUGUCGAUAUUGCUAGGUGAAAAAUUGCUUGUUGAAAGAUUAAUAGUGCAAACGCCACAUCUUUCGUUUGAUGGCAAUGCGGUCUCAUGGCAAAAUCUUCCUUUGUUAAACGCGACAGUAAUAUACGAUGGCGAAGAGAUAUUUCCUUCGCAAGCAGAAAUUAAUUUCCUGAGUAUUACGGUGGAAAGUAUCUACAAUCCACCGAUUUUAUUUACCGAAGAUGCAGAUUAUAAAGCGGGCACGAUAAUAUAUGUUGACAAUGAGUUUCCGAAAAACAUAAUAUUUGAAGAUGGUAAAUGGAUAAAAUACCGCGAUCUAGAGAGAACCAAACGAUGGCGAAGCUUAUCAAAGUUACAGAGUCGCGCCAGAUUGUCGAAGUGGAAACUCGACUACGAUUACAAACAUAUAAAAAAUAUGCUCGAUGUGGAACUUGAUUUACCGAAAAAAGCGUGUCAGGACGAGCCUAGAAUCGAAUGGAACUUUGUGAAUCGCAGCAUAUUGUGUGAUAUGGGAAGAGAAAUGAUGAAGAAGCAUCUUGUCAAGUAUAAAUGUUGGCCAUUUCAAUUUAUGGUAAGUAAAAAGAGUGCGGAAAAGAUCAACAAUAAACAAAACGAAGAAGGAUUGAAUAAAUGUCAACUUUUUCAAUGUUACGUCAAUUUAUCAGAGCUUGUUUUUCCAGGAAUAAAAAGUACUCGUGUAGUUGCGCAAUUAUAUACGUAUGAUGCAUCGAAUAUAACUGAAAAGACUGGCUUGGAAAAAGAUAUUUUUUCUACAGAAUCUUGGAAUAAAAAUUUAAAUGAACGGGAAUCAAAAAAGAUGGAUGUUGAAAUAAUGCAAAGUACCCCUUUAAUUUCGGAGACUGGCGAGCCUGUGUUUGUCAUAAUCGAGGUCGAACUUUUGUAUCCACUUGUCCCUUGUAAACUUGAAAAUGAUUUUUCAGACAUAAUCGAGAAAAUGAUGAAGCCGAAAGUAAUUAAGUCGCAUUACGUUUAUUCUCUCGACCUAGCGGAACAACAAUACGCAACUUGUAUUCGGAAAAUAGUGGAUAUUCUUACGGAGAGCUACAGGGACGAGCUGACUUGUUUCACGCAAUAUCUAUACAAAACUGGCACGUACUUAAAUAUACGCAGCACUUUGAAGCUAAAAGUGAUUAUGUUACUAGAUCAAAAAUUCAAGACAAACAUGAAUACUGUACACUCCAUUGACAGUCAGAAUUUUGUAACAUCCGUAUACACGUAUCUUGUCGAACAAAUGCAUCUGGCCAUCAACAAGAUCGUUGAAAGCCACUUUGAAGACGACGAUUCGUCGAGCACUGCAAUACCUAAAAGAUUAUUCUUUUAUGCUGAAGAGGCUUACGAAUUAGGUCAUAUAGACGAUGCAAGACGACAUUAUCAGGCUGCAAUCGCGGCAGAUAAAAAUGAUGCUGAAGCGUGGACUAAAUAUGCGAUUUUUCUCUUGAAAAUUAGCGAUGUGGAGCGCGCAAGGGAGUGUUGCCGUGAAGCGAUUCUUUUGAACAGACGAGAUAAAUUUGCGUACGUAAAAAUACUAAACGUUUUUCUCUGCAGUUUAUUGAUGUACGGAUUGAUCCUUGCGGAAAAUCAGAGUUAUAGAGAAGCGGAAAUCUUUCUGAGAACUGUUACUGAUUUUUAUCCGCGAUUUGUUGAAGGAUGGAUUAUCUUACAUCUUUUUUACAUUCGCACAGAUUACCGCCCAGGAAUAGAUCUUACGUUACGAAUAGCGGAAGGAUGUAUGAGGAAUGGCGAUAAAGAGACGGGGACUUCGAGCGAAGAUCCUCUUGCUUGGACAAUGAUUCACUGUCCACAGGAUAACGUGUUUAUGAUAACAGCUACACUUCUACUGAAACUGCAUUUUUGCGAAUUUGCUGGCUUAGCGUUGGAAAAAGAAAUGUCUCGAACAGAUAGAUCCACCCAUGUUCUAUAUUAUUUAGCCGUGCGAUAUUACUUAUCGCAGCAAUACGAAGAAGCUUUAUCACACUUAAGAGAAGCUGAAAGUAUUUAUGGACUGGAUUAUUCUAUAGGUAGUUUAAUGGGACACUGUCAUUUUCAAGAAGGUAAUUUCACAGAUGCCAUUCAUUACUACGAGUUCGCCAAUGCAGUAUUCGACAGGCCAGAUGAUUUGCAUCUCGUGCAAACAAGAAUGGGACUGUAUUACGAAAAUGUCGGUGAUUACGAGCGUGGGUUAAAAGUAUUUCUCACCGCAAGCAGAACUUCACCUACGGUGGAAACGUGGCUUGGCGCAGGAAUCGCCUUUUUUGAGCUGCAGCGAUUCACGGAAGCCGAGGCGGCUUUAUCGGAAGCGAAUCAGAUCGACAAUCGUAACGCGAGUGUUUGGAAAUAUCUAUGUCUAUUAAACAUGUCUUUACAACGUGACGACGAAUUCACUCAGUGUUACGAACAAAUCGCCCAGUGCACUCUUUUUGUAUUCUGUCUGCUCGAUAUAGCGAUAUUUAUGAUGAUAAGUUGCGAUGAGUCAAACAGCGCAAUGCGUUAUUCAACUUUGAAAAAAGAUGAUGUUCAACGGGUCAAAAUAAAGGUGUUUCGUGGUCCAACGCAAGAAAAGAAUAACGAAUAUUUCGCUACUUGGGGAUAUUGGAUUCAACAACCCAAUAGAUAA